AUGGGCAUGGGCAUGAGCAUGGGCAUGUCCAUCCUCAUGGGUAUGCUUGUGCUCGUGAGCGUGAUGAUGGGCAGCGUGAUCGUGCGCGUGGGCGUGUUCAUGACCGUGGUGGUCAUGGUCGUGGUCGUGGGCGUGAGCAUGACCGUGGUCGUGAGCGUGGGCAUGACCGUGGUCGUGGGCGUGGGCAUGACCGUGGUGGUCGUGAGCGUGGGCAUGGGCGGCCGGCUGCUCAUUGGCUGCUCGAGACCAGCUGCACACGUCAUUGCGUCGUCAAUAAACAUAGAGGAGGGAGCAAAGCCCAUCAAAAAAAUCAAAGUUGGCGCUUGA